GUUUGCGCGUUUCGCUCUCCCCGCGCUUAUCUAGCAUGUAGCGGUGCUGUUUUUGUUCAGUUUAAUCUGUUUCGGUCUGUGCAUCGGAGAUUUCUAUCUAUUUCUCUUCUUCUUUUUUUCCCUGAGCAAACUUUUCCGGUUUCGUCUGUCCACACGUGUAUAAAGAGCGCGCGCGUUUCCGCCAUGCCCAACAUUGUGCUGUUCAGCGGGAGCUCCCACCAUGACCUGUCCCAGAAAGUGGCCGACCGCCUCGGGCUCGACCUGGGCAAAGUCAUCACCAAAAAAUUCAGCAACCAGGAGACGUGUGUGGAAAUAGGUGAGAGCGUUCGAGGCGAGGAUGUGUACAUCAUACAGAGUGGCUGUGGAGAAAUUAACGAUAAUCUCAUGGAGCUGCUGAUCAUGAUCAAUGCAUGCAAGAUCGCUUCAUCGUCACGUGUCACCGCCGUCAUCCCGUGCUUCCCCUACGCCCGACAGGACAAAAAGGACAAAAGCCGUGCUCCGAUUUCUGCUAAACUGGUGGCUAACAUGCUGUCAGUAGCCGGAGCGGAUCACAUAAUCACCAUGGACCUUCAUGCGUCGCAGAUUCAGGGAUUUUUCGACAUUGCUGUAGACAACCUGUACGCAGAACCCGCGGUUCUCCAGUGGAUCCGAGAGAACAUUCCCGAAUGGAAAAACUGCAUUAUUGUAUCGCCUGAUGCUGGUGGUGCGAAAAGGGUGACCUCCAUCGCCGACAGGCUGAAUGUAGAGUUUGCACUCAUUCACAAAGAGCGCAAAAAAGCGAACGAGGUGGACCGGAUGGUGCUAGUCGGGGACGUAAAGGACAGAGUGGCCAUUCUGGUGGACGACAUGGCUGACACGUGUGGAACCAUCUGCCACGCUGCUGAUAAGUUAAUCUCUGCCGGUGCUAUAAAGGUCUAUGCAAUUCUUACCCAUGGCAUCUUCUCGGGUCCCGCGAUUUCACGUAUCAACAACGCUCCCUUCGAGGCCGUCGUCGUCACCAACACCAUUCCACAGGAGGAGAAGAUGAAACAGUGCCCCAAAAUUCAGGUCAUCGACAUCUCCAUGAUCUUAGCCGAGGCCAUCCGGAGAACCCACAACGGCGAAUCCGUCUCGUACCUUUUCAGUCACGUUCCAUUGUAAGAGAGAAAGGCAGUUACACCUUCUUCUUCUUCAUCUUGUUCAUCCUCCUCCUCCUCCAUCACCAGUUCCAGUAUCGUCCCCAUACGGGAGUCCUGAGAGUCCGUCACGUCCUGUAACCAACAGCAAGCGGGCGGCUCGUUGAUCCUGCCCACAUGAGUGUCUCAUUAGCAUUCCGUUCACGGGAACAAACUUUGGGACGAUUUACAGUGGUUCUGCUUUUAAUUUCCAUCUUGUUUCUGAUUUAACCAAAUAUUUCUUGCUGGUUUUAAUUCCAUUAUGUGCCUCGGUACGUUGGUUUGUUUGUGUGGGUUGGGGUUUUUUUGUUUAAUGAACCAUUUUCCCCCUAAAGUGCAUGCGUGUGUAGUUUCCAUGCAAGCAGAAAUUGCAAUUUAUACUUUUUUUGGGGGGGGGGGCAGGUAUGUAGUUCAGUCCUAAAUGUUCCCACAUCUGAGGUUUGUAAAAUGAACUCAAGAUUAAACAGAUGAUGAGAUGUCCGUCUAUAGAGACACUCUCUUAAUCUCUCUCUCUCUCUCUCUCUCUCUCUCUCUCGGUUUUGUUUAUUUUAUGUGCUUUAUUCUUAGACCUGUUUUAACAUUUAAUCGGAUGAUGCGCAUUAAAACCAGAUGACCAUUGUGGUCUUUAACGCAGCACAAUUUAUUGCAAACAAACGAUAAAAAGAAUAUAAUGCACAAUCUGUGGUCACAUAGUGAAUAUACUGAACUGCAGCUAAUCUCCGAUUAGUUAUUAAACAUAGAGCUCGGAGCAGGCGCUCCUUUUAAAAGCUGCUUAUCUUCAUCAAAAUGGCUACCAGACUGUUUGAGGCCACGCUGGCUUGCGAAUCUGGAGCUUUGUCUCGUUCUCGAGUGCUGGACUGCAUGGAAGAAGAAAUAGUUGUGGAUGAUGCAGGAAGUUAAUACUGUAUGUAGUUUCUAACCGAAUCCUAGCUGUCCUUGUGUUGUACUGUUCAUCCUUGUUUAAGCACAUCAUUAUACACUGGGACUAAACUUAUUCUUAGAAAUCAGGUGUUGUCCAGGACUGGUGAUAUCCAGCAUUACAAACACGAUUAACCUUUUAAAUUAGACUUUUGGCUUUUCGUUAUGGUUCAAAGCUGUGUUCAAUGGUCACACAAUUAAUGCAGCUAGCUUAAGUAACACUAAAGUUAUUAAAUGGAUGGAUGGAUAGUCUGCUAGAAGCUUCAUUAAGUGUUCAGUACCUUUUGGAAUAGACACCCCCCCCCCCCCCCCCCCCCCGAAGUAGAUUAGCUGCUUUGCACUAGUACACAAAAGCGUCUUAAGAGAACAGUAACCGUUUUCUCCAAGACAUUCUUGCUGUACAUCAGUAGAUUCCAGUUCUGAAUCGGGAAACGGCAGAGUAAGGUGGUGGUGGUGAUGGCGGAAUCCAAAUUUUACAACACUGGAACGUUCCUGCUUGUUACAGCAUCCUUUUAAUACAUAUUUCACAAUUUAAUUAUAAUAAUAAUGCAAGUUCUUGUUUUUUCUUCAGUAUCAGUAGAGUAUUAGGGAAGACAUUCCAGCCUUUGUACGCGAGACCUGGAUCAAGUGUGAUGUCUUGAAGUGAAGAUGAAAAUAAAAGUAUGCUUUGACAA